ACCAAACAAUGUCUGCACACACAGCUGAUUCCUUUGAUUUCCAAAGCUUUUUAAUUGUCUGGGAAAGUUUUUAGGUCCUCUUCUUUGUGACCGCUUCCUUUUUUUUUCUCUUAGUGUGACUCUUUGCUUUGUCUUGAAGUAACCCAUCUUCCAGUCUCUAUAUAACAGUGUUUCUGAUGUAAUUGUAUAUGCAGGCAGUGACCUUGAAUAUGAGGGACCUCAGAAAGUUUAUUAACCUACAGCUUCCUUCUUUAAUCCGACCCUGUAUCAUACCUUUUUAGACGAGCAGUUGCUUUUGGAGAAAGAUUCAUCAACUACUUACUCCAGUUAAAUAACAAACCCAAGACCGAAAGUAUGUUCUCACAGACUACCUCUCCUUUCCUAGAUAUCCAUUGUUCCAACUCAAAGAGCUUUGUUCAUCCAUUAACAGUGGAUCUUUUCUGAGGGCCACAUUAAGACAUUUGUUCUUCCUAAAAUGCGUUGUGCUCUCUAUCUACCAAUGAGUCACAUAAUCCUCUUAAGAGCGCUGAGCGUGCCGAUGGGAAGAGAAAAGUUUGAGUGACUCACUGAUUGCGAGUGGGUGGUCAGGUACCGAGGCUCACUUCAUGAGCAGAGGAGAUAAUAACACACCGUCUGUACAUCUCCAUUCCCAUUUGGGUUUGAAAAUAGUCUGCCACCCCAGCUGUUAGUCGUUACGCCUUGUGGUGUAUAGGAGCAGGGAGGCUGAGUCAGUCAGCAUGCAGAUAAGGAAAGGAGGGCUUCACGCCGUGUUUUUCAGACGUUUAUUUGCUGCUCUGAAAGUUUCUGUGCGAUUCAUUAACACUGUGUAUUUGCAAGGAUUUGUCUAACAAAAACCCUCACUGUGAUGCUAAUGUUUCUCUAAAUGGAGACACCAUAUUGUUCCAGAUUUGCAAUUAUGGAUACUUUGGGUAUACUUAAUUGAUUUUAUUCCAAUCAGCUUCGAAGAUUUGAUACUGCCCUGACUUUCUCACAACUGAGGUAUCAGCGUUUUUCCUGGAAUUUUUACUGACCUAAAUGCGGUUUAUCAUGUUAAAGGAGGAAGUCUUUAGCAGGAAAUAUAUUGCAUCAGGCCUGAACCCCUGUCACUGCCUUGGGUUCACUGCCAUGCACAGACACCAGGCUCCAAACACAACAUCUAAAAAUACAAAAAAAUGCAGUUUACUUUGUGUUUUCUUAGACCUGAAGUGUUUAUUCUUCCCACUGUCCCACCUUUUGCAAAUAGGCAACUGCCCUGGAAAGUUAGUGGUCUGCCUUGAGACACACAUCAUUAAUUGCUAAAUAGUUCUGCAGAUAUAUUCAGUAAACAGAAUAUUUGCACUCAGUCUUUUUCCCUUCCUCCCUUCCCUUCCACAGCUCUCCCACUCUCUUCUUGAAAGUAUCGUGCACGCGCUUAGUAGGCUGCUAUUAAAUGGGUGGACUUAUAGGCGCGGUCACGUCCAAAGCGGCUGCGGUGUGCCUGUCUGUCACAUAAAAGCGCGCGUCCAACCGGCCGACCGGCGGAACUCUGCCUCUCUCCGCGAGACCGGACUGGAACGGACCAACCUCAGGGAUCCUCGGAACAGCGCUCGUGACACAACACCACGGAAUCAGGAAUCACGAGUUCAGCCGAAAUCCCGGGCUAAUUUAACAAACAGUCGAAGAAAGCCUCCACCUUACUGUUGCCUGCCUUGCGUGGGAUGCUGGAGAGUGGGAGAGCAGGAGAGGAGAUUUGAUUCCAACAGUAGUCCUUAAAGGUGUGGCAUAGUCAGUCAUGGGGGACUCAGUAUUCACCUGCUGUUAUGUCCCACCCCAUCCCCCAGGCGAGGGGGACCCCCCUGGAUCCAGGUCCAGACGAGCAGAGAUCACCAUGGCUUCCAAUUCAACGAACAUCUCCUCCGACAAGCGGUUCCUCAUCUUCUUUGACUUUGAUGAGACCAUCGUGGAUGAAACCAGCGAUGACAUGGUGGUGCAGGCCGCCCCGGGGCAGCACCUGCCGGACUGGCUGAAGGACACCUACCAACCCGGCCGCUAUAACGAGUACAUGCAGCGCGUGCUGGCCUACCUAGCGGAGCAGGGCGUCACCGAGAGCGACAUCCGCAGCAUCAUGGAGAAGAUUCCGGCCUCUCCCGGCAUGCUCACCCUGCUCCAGUUUCUCCGCACCCGGCCCCCGCAGGACUUUGAGGUGGUGCUGUUGUCCGACGCCAACACCUUCUUCAUAGAGUCUUGGCUCCGUCGCGCAGGGGCCCGCCAAAUCUUUCACCGGGUCUUCAGCAACCCGGCCACCUUCAACAAGGACGGCCGGCUGGUGAUGCGGCCCUUCCACUCGCACGACUGCGCGCGGUGCCCCAACAACAUGUGCAAGCAGGUUGUGGUCAGGGACUAUGUGGCCCGUAGGACACAGGAGCGGGGCCGCCAGUACCAGAGAAUCUUCUACGUGGGGGACGGAGCCAACGACUUCUGCCCGGCGCUCGCCCUCGGGCCCCGGGACGUGGCCUUCCCGCGGAGGGAUUUCCCAAUGCACCGGCUGAUAACGGAGACCCAUGAGGCCAUGCCCGGGGAUUUCAAGGCGGUCACGGUUCCAUGGGCCAGCGCGGAGGAGGUGGUGCAGCGGCUGCGGAGGCUGGUGGCAGAGUAGAGACAGGGAGGGGGGACCACUUAGGGGCCAACUGAUAUUUAGUAAUAUUCUCAGGUAAAAUAGUAACAAAAAUUAUUGUUCGAAGCAAUAAAGAAUAUGUGUAGAUUGCUGUCAGUAAUGAUACAUUGUGUCUGUCUGGCGUCCAGCCUCACGUUUUGGUCCAGAGGUCACUCGGAACAGAGGCCAGGGUUGUCAACAGCAGGUUAAUGAUUUGAGACAUGAUACUGUAACCAAAGAGAGAAAAUCAACGUCAAAUCAAAUCUUUUUUUGUAUUUAAAAAAACAUAAAAUAAGGGUUACCUAUUACCUAAAAAGGUGGGGGUAUUUGCAUUAUAAAUACUUUAAUUUAAUGGGACAUGGUGCUUUUAACUAGUAGAGAGUUUUACCUUUUCAAAAGCAAUAUCUAAAAUAUUAUGACAGGUUGCUCUUUAUAUCUAUUGUUUCCUAAUCUGUAUUUCUUUGAAUAUGAGAUGAUGUCUCAAUAUGUAACAUGCCAUCUGAUGGGUAUUAAUGAGAUCUACAAUGACCAAACAAUAUUUUCAGUCGACAUGAUUCUCAGAGUUGUCUAAUGUAUGACAUUUUUGUUUUUUUGUUUUACUUCUUGAUGUCUGUUUUGUGUUAAUUGUGUAGGUAAGGCCUACUGAGAAAAAAAAAUACACCAGCAGGAAUAAAGCCAUCAACUGAAA